AUUUGGAGGUUGUGAAGAAGGACUUGUUGCCAGGCGACGGAGCGGGUGGUCAUAAACAAAAGUCUAACGUAACGCUAAAUAUUAUCCUUAUGUUGCUGCUGCUUUUGAGUUUAUUGACGAAUAAUUUUUACACCGGAUUCCUAUGGUAAAGCAACUGUUUACACUUACUAUUUCUUGCAUUUAAAUGUAUUUGUGGAGGUGUUUGUGUUAUUGAGUUUCUCUUCACUAUGUUUUAGCUAUGCCUCUUCCAGACACAAUGUAUUGCUCUCAGCAAAUCAACGUCCCUCCAGAGCUUGCAGAUAUCCUAAAAGACUUCUCCAAGGCAGCCAUCAGGACUCAGCCAAAAGAUAUUCUUGUUUGGUCUGCAGCAUACUUUGCUGCCCUGUCGAAAGGAGAGGCCUUGCCCGUGAAGGAAAGACUGGAAUUGAAUGUCGCCACUCAGAAGACUGACACUGGACUUACACAGGGUUUACUCAAGACUCUACACAGACAGCUAGGAUCCAGUGAAACGUGUUCACUGAAGGAUCUCCAAGACAAAUGGAAGGGUCUGUGUCUGCCCAUGGAGCAGCUGCAGACCCUACUGACCCUGGGCAACUUCAACUCAGAUAUUGUCUGGAUGGAGUUUUUUGCACUGGGUUGUAGUGCUCUGGGCAUGACACUGAUGUCUUCCCUGAAAAUUGCUUGUGAAAUCUUGACUGAGGAUGAAGAAGGAGGCCCUGCUCGGAUCCCCUUCAGUGUCUUUCUGCGACUCUACACCUACCUGGCUAAUGUGGACGGAGAUUUAACAAAAGAGCAAAUAGACAGCUUCGUUAACAGUCUACAACCUGUUAUAGAUCUGCAGAAUGGAAUGAUCAAGCCUUUGGAUUUUAUAUACCGAGAAGACAUGAACUCUCCAUCAAGUAGUACAUCAGAUAUUCUCAAAAGGUCAUCUACUAGUGUACCUUAAUGAACCUUUACAAUGAAUGAAACUUAAUGAUUUUGUACAGCAUCAUGUCUGCACUGUGUAUGCCUUUUUAUAUUUGGGUGUGUUUUAAUUUCUAAGUCCUUCAACAGUAUUGUUUUAAAAGCCCUGUAUUUAUCCAGUGUCCUUGUGAUUUGCAAACAUGUCAAACGACCCAUAGACCAGUACAUAUUAGAAAAACAACUUGAUUAAAGUUGUUUCGGGCUGAUUAAAAUCACCACUUGUGCCCUGUUGAAUUUGAGCUCCUUGUCGGCUGUUGUUGUCCUAUGUCAUGUCUUUGGUGGUAUAAUUCACUGAUUAAUAAGGUCUAAUCAAGCUAUUUUUAAUCAGCUUGGGUUAGCUCUUUUAGGGUAAACAUUUCGGGGAUAACCUUGAGAAAACUGAAAGAUAAACAUUGACUUGUUUGAACACAUCGGCACUUCUAGGAGCGCACUCAGAAGAGGCCUUUGUGUGUCUCUACUGCAGCAGGUAUGCACAAGUUUAGGCCACUACUGCAUAUAACUACUCUUUCUGUGGCUAGUUUACGGCAUCUGAAACAUAGUGUAGCUAUACGAUGAGGACAUAACUUUCCAAGUGUAAAGCCCUAUUUGAAAUGCUACUGUUGCUUUUAUAUGUAAGGUUAUUUUGAACAUUUUGGUGUGACCCACUUUUUCAGUACAAUUUAAUGGGGAAAUUGUGCUCGGUAAUGAUUUCUUUUUUUCUUUUGAGAGGUUGCCAGCACGUAAUUUGCCUCCUAUCGUGCAGGGACGUGCAUAGAUAUCCAGGUGUGGAUAAACCUUCUUAUGUCUUAAGUGUUUUUUCUCAAAUUCCUGUUAUCUGAUCAUGGUGAAUAACAAUUGCUGGAAAUGUCGCUUGGCUCCUGGAACCUUUAUGAAUGCUCUUUUGAAGUAUAUAUCUUUUGGGAGAAGGUACUAGAGUGUAUAGAUAUGUGGACUGGCAAAAUAAAACCCAGGUUGCCAAGAUUGUUUACUCAGGGAUAAAUCAGUAAUGCCAGGUGUAGAAAAAUGUGAGUAUGUGGGUUUAAAGGUGGGGGUGAUAACUGCAGUACUGGUAAUUUUACAGUGUGGAAAGAUCUUUCUCCUCCAGACUUUCUCAGAUGGAUGGACAAUAUGCUGAAAACAGUUUCAUGUGAGACAUUAGUGGUAAAUGAUAUAAAUGAUAAUGCAGACAUUUUAGUAAAAAUAUUGGGGACUUAAUUUUGACUAAACUGUGUUUCUUGCUAUUGAUUGUGUGUGCUUCAUUAUAUGUAUGUUAUGCACUAUAUGUAUGAGUUGUUUCUCAGAAGAUAUUCUUUAGUUUUAGUGAAGUUAUUCCUUUGGCCCAUAUAUGGUCAUGUCAAAGCAAUGCGCUCCUGUCUGUUAUCUUAUUCUAAAAAUUGCAAGAUAAAAUAAAAACUUGAAUUUAAAAAAAAGGACCUGUUA